GUCUCCUUCUUUGCCCCUGAAAUUAACCCAGCCACCCACCCAACCUGAAUAACUUCUUGGCAAAGUGUCAUUCUGAGACUGUCCAAGGGGAGGGAGGACAGCAGGAUCAUGGUGAUCUGUGGAGAGAGGCCAACCAUCCAAAGCCUGAAAAGAAGCUGCCAAUAGUGUUGAGUCAGCCAACGCUGUUUCUUGAAGCCUGCAUGAAGCUCGGGGUAGUUCAGUUUCUACUUCAUAACUAGAAACUUAACUCUGAAUGCAGCCAGACCUGGCGGGAGAGACAAGGGAUCUGUGGACUCCAAAGAACUGCGACAAGUGAGAGCACAAAGGUGACAGGGUGUGAGAGCUGGGGAGUUCUCUACAGGGACAUAAUGGUGGGGACAAGACGAAACAAAACCAAAUGUAUCAGAAUGGCCUAGAGUCUCUUGCUGGUCUUGCCAUUCCUGGACCCACAGUGGCUCAUGACUUCCACAGUAUUCAUGCCAUUUCUUCUUGCCAAAGAGCCCAUGCUUGCCACCUAACCCAUCAGUCAUAACCAUGCAGAAGACAAGCUGGGAGCCAUUUGGAUUGGGUCCAGCAUUUGUCCUGGGUCAGAUGUCAGGACUCACAUUCUUCAAAGUGAGAUGCUCAUCAAAGUUCCUCUAAAUGGGCUUACCACUGGUACUGUGAUGGUGUGUCAAUUCAUCACCCUGUCACAUAAACCUAGGAAUCAAUCUGGAAAGCAGGAACCCUUAUAACAAAAUCUCAUCUUCCCAGUGCUGAGAGAACCAGGCUUUUCUGCUUUGGAAGACUGUCUGCAAACAGCUUCUGGGAGACAUGGCCCAAGACCUGCCUGUUAAUGGCCAUUUCUGUGCAUGAGCACACCAGGGACUCAGCAAGGCUGCAACUCCAAAUCAGUGUGUCUGCGGAGAGGCCAGUGUGAACUUCUUGGAGCUUUUUAGCAACAUCCUUGUGAGAUUGACUCAGCACUGGCCCAGCUUGGUCAGCUCCUCAGGGAAAGGAGGAUCAUCUGCCUUGAAGCAGUUCCCAGACUGUAUAUGACUUCGUUUAGACCCCAAACUGCCAGGCCUGAAGGACAGCAAGUUCAACAUUAACCCAGAGGGGUCAGGAUGAGCCCUCAGAGUCCUGGAGCUGACACACAAUGGCGCACGUCCGAGGCCUGUGUGUACCUGGCUGCCUGGCCCUGGCCACCUUAUUUAGCCUUGUGCACAGCCAGCAUGUGUUCCUGGACCCUCAGCAAGCACUAUUGCUGCUCCAGCGGGUCCGACGUGCCAACAGUGGCUUCCUGGAGGAGGUGCGCAAGGGCAACCUGGAGCGAGAGUGCGUGGAGGAGCAGUGCAGCUACGAGGAGGCCUUCGAGGCCCUGGAGUCCCCCAGUGCCACGGAUGCAUUCUGGGCCAAGUACACAGCUUGCGAGUCGGUGAGGAAACCUCGAGAAAAGCUCACUGAGUGUCUGGAAGGUAACUGUGCUGAAGGUCUGGGUACAAACUACCGAGGCAAUGUGAGUUUCACCCGAUCAGGCAUCGAGUGCCAGCUAUGGAGGAGUCGCUACCCACAUAAACCUGAAAUAAACUCCACCACCCACCCUGGGGCCGACCUGCAGGAGAAUUUCUGCCGCAACCCAGAUGGCAGUACCACUGGGCCCUGGUGCUACACUACAAACCCCACUGUGCGGAGGGAAGAGUGCAGCAUCUCCGUCUGUGGCCAGGGGGGCGUCACUGUGGAGCUGACUCCACGCGUGGGAGGCUCCCUAGUGAAUCUGUCAUCUCCGUCGAAGCAGUGCAUCCCUGAGCGAGGCCAGCAGUACCAGGGCCGCCUGGCAGUGACUGCACUCGGGUCCCCCUGCUUGGCCUGGGCCAGCAGGCAGGUCAAGGCCCUGAGCAAGGACAAGGACUUCAGCCCCACAGUACCUCUGGAGGAGAACUACUGCCGCAACCCAGACGGGGACGAGGAGGGCGCAUGGUGCUAUGUGUCCGGGGACCCUCUUGUCAUGGAGUACUGUGACCUUGACUAUUGCGGUGAGAGUGCCAGGCCGGGAACUGAGACAGAGGACAAAGCCUGGAGGGACUACAAAUCCUUCCCAUAUCUAUGGCUUGCCAUGCACAGAUUUAACCAAAUCAAUCUGGGGUCUGGGCCCAGCAGGCAGCUCUUUCCAGUUAAUUCUUAAACCUGGGACUUUAUACUUCUAGAGCUGGUGGAGGGGCAGCUCAUAAUGCCUCCUGUGCCCCCUCCCAGGCAGGUGAUGCUUUUCCGGAAGAGUCCUCAGGAGCUGCUGUGUGGGGCCAGCCUCAUUAGUGACCGCUGGGUACUCACUGCUGCCCACUGUCUCCUAUACCCACCUUGGGACAAGAACUUCACUGAGAAUGACCUUCUGGUGCGCAUUGGCAAGCACUCUCGUACCAGGUAUGAGCGAAGCAUUGAAAAGAUCUCCAUGCUGGAAAAGAUCUACAUCCAUCCCAGGUACAACUGGAGGGAAAACCUGGACCGCGAUAUUGCCUUGCUGAAGCUCAAGAAGCCCAUCACCUUCAGCAACUACAUCCACCCCGUGUGCCUGCCCGACAAGGAGACAGUGUACAGACUGCUCCGGGAUGGAUACAAAGGGCGCGUAACAGGCUGGGGCAACCUGAAGGAAAUGUGGACAACCAGUGUUGGUGAGGUGCAGCCCAGUGUCCUGCAGGUGGUGAACCUGCCCAUUGUGGAGCAGCAGGUCUGCAAGGCCUCCACUCGGAUCCGCAUCACAGACAACAUGUUCUGUGCUGGUUACAACCCCAAUGAAGGGAAACGAGGGGAUGCUUGUGAAGGUGACAGCGGGGGACCCUUUGUCAUGAAGAGCCCCUAUAACAACCGCUGGUAUCAACUGGGCAUCGUCUCAUGGGGUGAAGGCUGUGACAGGGAUGGAAAAUAUGGCUUCUACACACAUGUGUUCCGCCUGAAGAAGUGGAUACAGAAGAUCAUUGAUCAGUUUGGAAGUUAGGGGACCACCCACAUUCUAAGGUCCUCACUUCAAAUUCAGAGAAACCAAUCCAGUUAAAGAAUUAUUUCUGUGGUAUGUUCCUAAAACUAUAGUUCUCAAUAAAAGUGACUCAGUGAGUCUCAGUGUU